CAAGACGUCCACUACGCAACAUGAAAACCACGAUGGCCAGUAUCAUAAAACAGCGUCCUCAUGACCUUAAAUACGUUACGCAAGUUCCUCUACAGUUUGUGUGUUUGACAGAGGAGAAUUCACUUCCAAAGACCUUACACUAACUUGGGAAUUUGUAGGUUGCAGAUGGAGCCCUCCUCACAGAGUAGAGGUGGUAGGGGACUGUGGAACAACCCCAGAGCCACCCAGUACAGUAAGGAGACCCAGGACCUGCUGACAUUAAUGAUGCAGGAAUCAAGGCUCACCAACCUCCAGAGAAAACAGAUCAACGACUGCCUCAAGAAUGGAGCAGCUUUACCACUGACCUCUGACCCCAUAUCAUCAGCUUCCCCCCCUCAGCCUAAAACCAAUAAAUCUGUCCAGAAACGCCUGCCAAGCAAGCCUCAGAAACGCAGUGCCGAAUCUUGUCGUUCUGGGAACAGCUACGUCAGAGAAAAGUUCCAACCUGGUCCUAUAAGAGACUUAGAGAAAGAGAAGCGGAGGCUUCAGAGUAUAUUGGCAACGGGAGAAGAAGAGCCCACAGCUGCAUCUUACCAAAAUGUUCCCACAUGUCGGAACCCAGGAGCGGCGGAGGGGAGAGACCGGUAUCAGGAAGUUCUGGAUGAGAUCGAGGACAGAAGACAGUUUCUGGAAGACAUGACCUCUCUGGGCCAGGAGAAGCAGUACAUCAGCAUCAUCAACACUGAGAUAUCCCAGAGAUUACGAGAACUGGAAGAGUUGGACAAGGCCCGCAGUGCAAAGAUGGAUGCAAUGACAUCUGAGUGGAAAGGGGUCACUCCACAACAGACUACAGAAAACAUGGACUUGAAAGAGACAGGAGGAGACUCACUGCCAUUGACUUAACACUUUGACAUUAUCUGGGAAACAGCUGCAAGCAAUACAUCUUCAAAUUCAGAUUAUGAAUGGGUCGAGUAAAGUGUGAUAUAAUAAAUGUGGUAGAGAUUACAGUUGACCGACUGCACUGUGCUUCAACCACACAAGCAGUUCAGGUGUGUUGUUAAGCAGUGAAAGUAUUACAUUUACAAGAAACAUUAACUACUUCAUCAACUUAUUUUAUUCCUCUGCCUUCCAGUGUCAGUAUUGUUUAAUAAUCUUGCUGCUGAACAACAUAUAGCUGACAGAAAUGUGGCACUACUGGAGCCCUUGGUGUCCCCUGGACAGGAAGACAGGCACAGAGCAGACACAUACAGGGAUUACCAUUAAAAUGGAGGACAAUCUAAAUGACAAAACAGAAUGAGUAAACACACUGACAUUUACAUUAGCUCGAACAAAUGACAGUCAACCACAUAUGCAAUUAAAUAAAUGGCACUUGUACAAACAAUAUUAACACGUUUUUUCCUAUCCACUUUUAAGGCAAAACAUGGAAGCAUACAGAAAGGCAUAGUAAAAUAUAAAUUAAUGAUUGCAUAUUCAGGUUUCCCCCAAUGGUUUAAACUGUGAUAAAUGAUGUUUGUUAUAUCUGCCAUUUCAAAUAUUCAUUAUUGCAUGUGUGACUUUUCAUAUUAAUAAACUUUCUAACAGACUUA